UUGAACAUAUACAAUGAAAUUUUCACAGCUGGGUAUAGAAAUAUUGGGUAAAUGAUUUUUGCCGAAGUUUUGUACACAAUGUCUACAACGAUUAUCAGAUAGGAGUCCAAAUGAAAGAUAAAAUUGACAAAGUUUUGACUAAAUGUCCAUUGUAUAGGUGGUACAACAAUGCAUAAUUAUAAAUAUUUAAAGACAAUCUAUGGAUUUACAGAUUAUUCAGAUUGUCAUGUGGAUUUUGAAUGAGAUUAAACAUGCAUGGUUGCUAAGAGAGGACAAAAUGCUAAUGCUUUAAGUGCUGCUUAGAGAAGACAAAAAUGCUGAUGCUUUAAUCAAGAUGUUGCUAAGAAAAGAUACAGUGCUGAUGAUUUAAGUGUUGCUUAGAGAAGACAAAAUACAGACUACUGAUGCUUUAAUCAAGAUGUUGCUAAGAAAAGAUAAAUUUUGAUAAUUUAAGUACUGUUUAGAGAAGACAAACUGCUGAUGCUUUAAUAAAGAUGUUGCUAAGAAAAGAUAAAGUGCUGAUGAUUUAAGUGCUACUUAGAGAAGACAAAAUGCUGAUGCUUUAAUAAAGAUGUUGCUAAGAAAAGAUAAAGUGCUGAUGAUUUAAGUGUUGCUAAGACAGCAGAUGUUAUUGAUGUUUUAAGUGUUGCUCUGGCAGGUGAUUUUGCUGACACUUCACGUGUUUCUCAGGUAGGAAAUAUUGUUGAAACUUAAAGUGCUGCAAAGGCAGGUGAUUUUGCUGAAACUUUAAGCAUUGCUAAGGCAGGCAAUUAUGCUGAAACUUCAAGUGUUGCUAAGGCGGGCCAUGUUGCUGACAUUUGAAGAGUUAAUAAAACAAGAUGCUAGAACAGUUUAGUUCAUAGCAAUGAUCUAUUCAUAAUGAUUUUGAUAAAAAAAAUACAUAAUAUAAGACUAACACAGGACAAAAAUGAUGACAUACAAAGCUACAUACAGGCAGCUAUAAGUAUUCUAUAGCAAGAUUUGUCCAUUAUAAGGGAAGUAGAAGUGCUAGAAAUCAUGAAGGAAUUUCUUCAAGAAGAUCCAGGGAUCUCCUCUGAUACAUACCUUGGAGCUAGAAUGAAUCAGAAAGCCCUUGACUUCCACACUCAACUCCACGACUGGAGUGAGGCACAGAAACUCUCAACACUUGCUAGCAAACAUGCAAACAUUUUAAGUACUGUGAAAGAUGGGGAGGUGUUCCUGCCUGUGAAAAAAUUGGCCCAUAUUGAAUACUGGACAAGGCAGGUUAAUAGGUACUACAGACCAAACAGAGCUUGCAGACCUAAAUCUGGCAGUUUUAUGAAAAUUGAUGUAACAAAAUACAAUAUGAAGGUAGAUAAAAAUGAGCCAAGCCGUAGUAAGUCUGCUCUAUAUCCGCAGCGUCAGAGGCCUGUAACUGCUGUUACCAGGCUACCAUCAGCACCAAGGAGACAAUUUUUUGGAACUGAUGUUCAUACUGUAAAUAAUAACCUAAUAGAUUCGCAAAUGCACUAUUCAGCUCAAAGGAAAGAUCUUUACUCUGCGACUACAAGAAAGUCUAUGAAAAGUGGAAAAGCCAAUGAACUAAAACCCGAGCUAUUCGAAAAUGGUGUCAGUGAAAUGAAUGGCUCACUAAGAGCUGACACUGAAUCUGAAACUAUAACUGUAAUAGAAAAUACUGACAGUUUAAAAGUAAGCGACCCUGAAUAUCACGGUCACAGCCAUAUCGAUACAGAGGUCAUGCAGCCACAAAUUGUGUCAAGGUCAUGGUCAAAUCGAAUGCUUAAUGUGAUCUCGAUUGAUGACUGUAAAUUAACAUGCAGGUACAGACCACAGAUUAUCAAAGAGAACCACCCAAUACCAGAUGAUCUAGAUGCUAUGCAAAAAGCUAGAGCAAACAAACUAAGAUAUGAUAGAAAGAAAGUAACUGACAAUAAAGAUAAGGUUAAACCUGAAAAGGAAACAAAAGUAGUAAAUGGCCAUGAGGCUGAUGAUGAAGCUGAAAAUAGUGAGGAUACUGUUGAUCUAGUGGAAAAUUUAGAAAGCCUGUGUAUAGAUGAAGGAGCUUUACAUACAAACAAUAAUAACACUGCAGAUGCUUGCCAUAUUGAUACUGCACAACAAAAUGCAACAGAACCUGAAACAAAUAAUUUAAACAAUGAAUUAAAUAUAGGAUUUUCAGAAAAAAAUAUUAAAGAUAAAAGCACAUCAUCUGAAAGCACUGAGAAAUCAGACAGAAGUAAUCUCAGGCUUCAAUUUGAUGUUGACAAAAAUGGGAAAGGUCAAGUGCAAGAAGAAAGAAAUCCAAGCUCUCAAGGUGCCAGUAAAACAAGCUACGGACGUAUCACAACACUUUACUCCAAUUCCGAGACAUCAAAGUCUAAGGCAAAAGAUGGGAAAAAGAAGAAGAAAGUAUCAAGAACAUCUAGAAUCAAUUAUGCUAUAAAUGAUAUGGUGCACGAAAGAAAGGUGAUGAACUCUUUAGAAAGAGACUUUGACACUAGGACUGCAGAGUUUGGAAGAACAAUUGUUGAAAAAACUGAAGGCAGUGAAACAUUUAAGAAAAUCCAUGCUAAUCUACGCAAAAAGAUAGAUGCCUUUGUAGAUACUCAUAGUGCUGUUAAAACUAAAGAAUUUUAUGAAAGAAGUCGUUCAAACAGUGCUAGAAACUCUGUAACAAGUCCAUGAAUAAUGCACAACGAUAUGAAUCACAAUAUAGCCAUGAAUGUUGCUCAAGAGUAUAAAUCAGAACCAAAAUAUUUUGCUCAAUAGCCAAUGACAUCAUUAUCAAUAGGUGGAAGUGUUAAACAACAAUAAUCUUUCAAAACUAACACACAAUCUGAGCUAUAAACAGUCAAUAGUGUAUGUUAUAUUAAGCAUUUUAAUUAUACGCAAGACUGCAAACUCUGCUUUCAUAAUCAGUACAUGACUUUUGAUCAUAACCAGAACAUACUGCUUGAUCAUAACCAGUGUAUGAAUAUGCUAUAAAAAAUGACUCAUAACCAGUCUGCAAAUACUCCUAUAGUCAAUUUUAUGAACAAUCAGAUAGUGUGAUCAACAUUAAACAUUAAACUAUAACCAUUCUGCAGAAUCUGAACUGUAACCAGUUUUAUGAAUUCUGCUGAACAAUCUGAUCCAUAACCUCUGUGAAGUGUACGACACACUUUGAACCAUAACCACUCUGAACUGUAACCAGUUUUGUGAAUUCUGCUGAACAAUCUGAUCUAUAACCUCUGUGAGAGUGUGACACACUCUGAACCAUAACCUCUUUGUAAAGUCUGAACUGUAAUCAGUUUUGUGAACUCUGUAAGGUUGAACCAUGACUUGCUUGUAAAUUACGUGAUACUUUUGUAUUUAUAGUAUGUGAAAGUCAAUAAAUAUAAGUGGCUAUAUAAUACAGGUGGUCACUAAGAUAGGUUCAA